GGCCGAGGCGCUGGUGCUUCUCAGCGCGUGUGCUGGGCUGCCUACCCGUCAUGGAGGCAGUCUUGACUGAGGAACUUGAUGAAGAGGAACAGCUGGUGAGACGGCAUCGCAAAGAGAAGAAGGAGCUGCAAGCCAAAAUACAGAGUAUGAAGAAUGCUGUUCCCAGGAAUGACAAAAAGAGGAGGAAGCAACUUACAGAAGAUGUUGCUAAGUUAGAAGCAGAAAUGGAACAGAAACAUAGAGAGGAGCUGGAUCAGUUGAAGCUGACUUCUAAAGAGAGUAAAAUAGAUUCUGUUGCUGUCAAUAUUUCAAACUUGGUUCUUGAGAAUCAGCCACUUCGGAUAUCAAAAGCACAAAAGAGACGGGACAAAAAGGCUGCAUUGGAAAAGGAGCGGGAAGAAAGGAUAGCCGAAGCUGAAAUUGAAAACUUAACCGGAGCUAGACAUGUAGAAAGUGAAAAACUUGCUCAAAUAUUGGCAGCUAGACAGUUGGAAAUUAAACAGAUUCCAUCUGAUGGGCACUGUAUGUAUAGAGCCAUUGAAGAUCAGCUGAAAGAGCAGAACGGCGUUCUGACUGUGGCUGCCUUAAGGUGUCAGACUGCUAACUAUAUGCAGAGUCAUGUGGAAGACUUUCUGCCAUUUUUAACAAAUCCUAAUACAGGAGAAAUGUAUACUCCAGAAGAGUUUGGAAAGUAUUGUGAUGAUAUUGUAAACACAGCUGCAUGGGGGGGUCAACUUGAGCUAAGAGCCUUGUCUCACAUUUUACGAACACCAAUAGAGAUAAUACAGGCAGAUUCUCCUCCUAUAGUAGUUGGUGAAGAAUAUCCAGAAGAUCCGUUAAUACUUGUUUAUAUGAGACAUGCAUAUGGCUUAGGAGAACACUACAAUUCUGUUACACGUUGCUUCGCCAUCUUAUUUGGAAAAGCUCCCGUCUCUGAUAGCACCCUUGCAGUGAAGCCUUCUCAGAAUGUAAUUUCAUUGAGAUAUUUUUGUCAUUUUAUUUCAUUCGUUUAUCCCCAGUGGAACAGUGUCGCACAUAGUAGGUACUUCUAAAUGUUUGUUGAAUGAAUAAAG